AUGAGGAGAAGGUCUGUGUAUGCCCCCCAGCAGCAGCAGGAGGAGGAGGUGUUGUGUGGGGGUCCGGGGCCCGGUGGCCAGGGGACUGGGGGUCCUGGUGAGGGGGGUUCUAGUGAUGAGGGAGCUCUCAUGUCACAGCUCUACACUGUGCUGAAGGACUUUGAUGGCCUGGAGGAGAUAGACAGAGCCCUGGGGAUACCUACUCUGAUGGGACAGGGUCAGUCUGUAGAGCACGACCAGUUCUCUUCAGACCCGUCCAUGUUGUUGGACCAGAAGCCUCCAGUGUACGGCCAGCAGCACCAGCAGGACCCCUCACCCGGCUCCCAUCUAGCCCAGAGAGGAUACCACGACCCUGGGUCCGGCAGACCCAUGCAGGACCCCCCACCCAGCUCCCAUCUAGCCCAGAGAGGAUACCACGACCCUGGGUCCGGCAGACCCAUGCAGGACCCCCCACCCAGCUCCCAUCUAGCCCAGAGAGGAUACCACGGCCCUGGGCCCGGCAGACCCAUGCAGGACCCCACAGGGCAAGGCUUCCACCCCAUGGCUGGCCAGAUGGGCCCCAGGCCAGGAUACCCCAUCAUGAGGAUGCAGCAACGACCAGGGCUGAGGCCCCAAGGGGUGCUUCCUAACCAGCCUAAUACACUGAGGUUACAGCUGCAGCACCGGCUACAGGUACAACAGAACCGACAGCCAAUGAUGAACCAGAUGAGUGGCGUGUCCAAUAUGAACCAACCCUUACAGUCCAACAACCCCAACCAGGGGACCAUCAAUGCUCAGAUGUUAGCCCAGCGGCAGCGGGAGCUGCUCAGUAACCAUCUCAGACAGCGACAACUGGAGCACCAGAGACAACAACAACAACAUCAACAACAACAGCAGCAGAGGAACAUGGUGAUGAGAGCCCAGGGACUCAACCUACCUCCCAAUAUGGCCGCCGCCAACAUGGCCGCAGCUGCUGCAAGUGGCCUAUCAGGAGGGAUGAUUAACCCCCGGAUCCCCCAGACCACCAACCCCCAGCAGUUCCCCUUCCCACCCAGCUACGGUACCAGUACAGGCCCGGCCCUGGCUUCACCCCCUCCUCCUCACCCCUCUACCAGCCCCUUCUCCUCCCCCCUCUCCCCCAGCCUGCCCUCCUCUCUCCGCACCCUGCAUGGCUCUCCCUCCUCCCAGAUGAUGAUGGCGGGUGCAGGACAGUUUGGGGCUGUAGUCAGCCCUCAUAUACAGCAGCUCAGCUCCUUUCAGUUCCCAAACUCAGGUAUGUCCCAGCAGCCUGACGGAGGGUUUGGAGGACCCACCACGCCCCAGAGUCCCCUGCUGUCCCCCAGGAUGGUCCACGCCCAGUCUCCCAUAAUGCAACAGCAGGGCCAGGGCUUGCCUGACAUAAACGGUUGGCCCCCGCAGGGGAACAUGGGAGGGAACAGUAUGUUCAGUACUCAGCAGUCUCCUCCCCAGUUCACCCAGCAGCAGCAGACUAACGGGGGCGCGGCAAUGUACAACGGCAACGGAAUGAACCACAACGUCUCCAUGGCAACCAACGCCAGCAUGGGUCAGAUGGCUGGACAGAUGGACGUCACCUCACCUGAGAUUACCUCCAUGGGACAAGAACCGAAAUACUGCUAACCCUGGUGGAGUGUUCAGCCAACCAGCACCUUGAUGGUAAUACCCAGGAUCCAAUGAGCUCGCUGGUUCAUCUUCAACCAACCAAUCAACCAACGGCUCUUU